AUGCGCUUCCUUUUUAAUUGCUCUGGAACAUUGAUUAAAGGUGCCACUGGGUCAUGUUAUUUUUCCAAACCAGCGACGCGUCGCGUCUGGGUCAAGCGCAGCGAUGUAUCCCAGCUUGUCCCGCGUCGAGCAUUUGCUUCCAUCUCUGCGGAUUCAUUUGUCCAGAAUUGUGUUGAUAUCCCGGUUGGUGGAAAUGGUUCGAUUAAGCUAAAUAUUCUCAAACCAACGACAAACAGUGUAGAAGCAAAUUCCAACACAAUUAUUUACCUACCUCAAGGGCCCAUCUUCUCCAAUGAAAAACUAGCACAUCCUCGCGAGACAACGACUACUCUCCCCUUUCUUGACGAAGCGGCAGUGACCGAAAAUGCGACGCCCCAGAAAUUACUCGCAAGAACAACGGGAUCGACGGUGGUCACGGUGAAUUAUCGAUUGGGCUACAUGAAUGCAUCGCCGUCACCACAAGAUGGAGACGCUCCCUUGUUUCAUAGGCAUCCGACUCCAGUACACGAUACGCUCGCCGGGCUUGAUUGGGUCUUAGGCACAAUUGACCCCGAGCAGCUAUGCGUCGUUGGGACAAAUAUUGGUGGUUCGCUCGCCCUUAUGUUGGCGUUGACAGAGUUUAAAACGAUACACGCAAUUGCCGCAUACGAGCCUAUAUGCGACUGGACUGGUUUAGACGAUUAUUGCACUGUUGACCCAAAUGAUAUUGCGGAGGCGGUUGCCAACGAUAUAAAGAAGAAGAAUGUGGGAACAAAGAGCGACCAGGAUAUUGAGUUGGAAUUAUUACGAGCACAGGUAGCUCAGAUAAAGCAAGGCUCACGACACAGGAGGAAAUCAGCACCAGCUGAUCUAGUCCCGCUGUUGAGAGCUAGGGAAUACUUGUUCCAAGCGCCUUCGAAGUAUUUCGAUGCCUUCGCUUCCCCGAUGUUGUUUCUACGAUCUGCAGGGAAAGACCCUCCGAAGACUUUCCCCAAGUAUCACACUGGUCCGGAAUACUCUACACCAGUCCUGAAGAAACCAAAUGUCGCAGAAGACUUGGUCGAUCUGUGGGAUGUCUACAUACAGGCCGACGAGGAAGCUUCUUCUGCGCAAGAGUCGAAUGACAAUAUCGAACAACCCGCACGACGCCGAAAGGCGCUCUCUCGAUGGCCCCCGUAUGGUCUUGACUACGGUGCAAAUAGUGGUGUGGCAGACGGCGUUGAAAAGCUUGAUGCGACUUUACCAUUGGUAAAGCUGUUCGCCCGCUCCAACACAAAUUAUUUAGACGGCAGUCCUACGGAGCCUGGCAGUGCCGUGGUGGACCAGGAUCUUAAUAACAAUAACAACGCGAAACGCAGAGCCAAGCCCCUCGCGAGUCAAGACUCUGUCUUGGCAGACCAAGCCAAGGAGAUGGUGUCGGUCCUGCGACGAGCAUGCUUCUGGGGUCGCGAGAAAGGUUACGGUGAACAGAGAGUAUCCCUCGCUUGCCUACCUAGGUCUGACUCUAUUGGCACCGCUAACGCUAAGAAUGGCAGCAAUAAUGAUGCAGCUGAUCUGGCCGAUCUACAAGUCGAUUCCGCCAUCAGUGAGGCUGCGUUAUGGUUUAACAGGGUGAGCGGUGCCAACGACUAG